AUGCCGGACGACAAAUUCAUAUUUGUGAAUGCUCCGACAAUCAUCAAUGCUGGCCCGCGAGAUGCCCGGCGGCAGUUGCGCUCUCAGUUGAUGCGUCGGGUUUACCUGAAGAAGUAUAGAGUUACUCCGCGAUCGGUUCAAGACAAUGGGGUCAACGUGGGCGAGAGAGAUUCGUCUAGUACUCCGGAACAAUGUCAAUGCGCUCAUCCUUCAGUUAGCAGGCUGAGCCCGCCAGACGACACCCACCACGAAAAGAACAAGCCAGAAGAGAAAACCAAAACCGGAAAAUCUAGAAUUCCAGCCCGGGCCAAAUUACCCACUCCGCCUAUUGACGACGAUGAUGUGCAAGAUCUGUGCCAGAAUUGCGGUGGAAUAUGUUAUAGUUUGAAACAAGCUCCAACUAAAGCACCUACAAAGACGCCACCGGAAGAAAGGAUACAAGAAGAAAGACCGACUAUGAAUGGCGACCCAAGGAUGACUGUUGGAGUUUCCAUAAUCAACCCAUUUGAACAAAAAUUUUCCAAGACAGACUGCCCAAACAGUAAUGGGUUGAUACAACACUUCGCACGGAUUCUCAUUCCUACACUGCGAAGUGACGUCGAUUACAGUCACAAAGUUUUCACCGAGUAUAUCCAGCUUACGCCAGACCCGCUUUUAUUCAAUGUUCUUUGUCUCAGUUCAUCCGUGCAUCUCGACAAACUCAUGUUGUGGAAUGGACUGGACUCGGAUAGUCGCCGUCGAGAACUGGAACAAUCACACUAUCGAUACACUGCCCUACGUGAGUUACGCCGAGCCGUAGCAAGCCCAAAAAUCGGCACCCCGGAAUUUGAUGGCAUUCUUUUGAGCAUUUGCUUGCUCGCAGUCAGCGAUCCGAUGGGCGAACUUCCUCCGAGUAUCAAAAAGAUAGACUACAAUCCAUUUCAUCAUGUCUUGCAAGCCUUGGGUGGCUUGAAUAUCUACGGAUAUCAGCCUGUAAAUCCCGUGCACUGGAAAGGGUUGUUAACUUUGAUAGACCAACAUGGUGGUUUUGACAAGCUUCAGCUAUUUGGCGCAAAGUGGAAGAUUUCUUACACGGCUUUGAAAUACGCUUUGCACACCUGCACAAAGCCAGUAUAUCCUAUUUGCGACCAUCUUGGAGAGUUAUUGAUUGACCGAGAGCCACUAGAUAUCCUCGGACUAACUUUGGAAGAUUUAUCUCCUCUUACUGGAACCGGAUUCUCGAAUUUGGACAUGUUCUCAAUCCGUGAAUCCAUUCAACAAGUAUUUGUGGAGAUCAGCCAAGUCGCGCAAGGCAUGAACACGUUGAUGCCUCAACACGACAAUAGAACCGUGAGAGAUCGCAUAGCUGAUGCUCGGAACCUGGUUCAAUACCGAUUUCAGAAUCUUCCUAACUUAUUCGAUGAUCCCGCUCUUAUAGUGGACUUAUCAUUGCUUGAAGGCAACAAACAAUCAACCGCCUAUGCAAGGAGUAUUGUGGAAGUGGCCUCGUCCGUUUAUGGAAUGUGCUGGCUUGUUACGUACUUGUUCACAACUCACGUUACGUUUCCUGUUCCAUCUUGUCGUCGCUUUCGACUCAAAACAGUCUACCGAAUUCGUGACACCAUUAGCAACUGUGAAUACUCCUUGCAACAUAAUCCAUGGGUUCUAAGACUACAGCUAUGGUGUGUUGUUAUUGCUGGUAUUGCUGCCGAAGAUAUCGAUACCGAGCUCCGGCAAUGGAUGGCACUCAAGGCUCAUGAUCUAUGCACCAGACUAAGCCUUCAACAGUGGGACGAGGUAGUCAAUGUGAUGAACUCUUUCGCCUGGAUGGAGGUAGCUUGCGCACAUGGAGCAAGGAAGUUUUGGGCGCAGGUGCAGACUUGUGAUGAUUGA